AACAAAUAUUUACAAAUACUGUGACAGUAUUUAGCAGAUGUCUCAAGUGUAGAAACAUGAGGAAAGAUCCUUUUGUAGCCUUCCUGGUCAUUCUCGCCUUUGGUGGCGUCGCAUGGCUGGCGUCUUUCUCAGACGUGGCUUUCACCGAUAAUAGUUUACAACACCUAGCGUUGGACAAACGAUCUGACGUGUCCACAGGACCUCUGGAUCAAAAGGGAGAAAGUCACAAUACGUCAGAGAAGAGUCAGCAGCAGUCAUCGAAGGACUGUGUCCCCAAGAAACAUUUCGUCUGGAUCAAAGUUCACAAGGCUGGCUCACAAACCACCACGCCGCUGUUCGAGAGGUUUGCCUUCAACAACCAUCUCAAGGUUUUACUCGGUGUUCACAAUGGCCCGUCUGUCAGCUGGCCGCUGCCGCCCAAGGAAGGCAAGUAUGUCCAGCUGAAGGAGGGCGAGCCGUUCGACGCACUGUACUCACACAGUCGUUACAACAAAACAUGGAUGGAGGCCCAUUUCCCCCCCGACACGGCGUACCUAGCCAUCGUUAAACAACCCUUCACACACUUCAAGAGCUGUUUUCACUACUACGGCGUCUCCAGAAAAAUCGGCAUCAAGCAGACGAAAGACAAGAAUCCUUUAAGGAAGUUUCUGGAGAAUCCUUGGAAAUACAAGACAGAGGCAAUGUCGCAAGGAAUCCGCUGGGACAAAACCAGAAAUGCUCAGCUCUUUGACUUGGGUUUCCCCAUGGAAAAAUCUGAAGACAUGGAAUGGACGGAGAAAUACAUCGCUCAGUUAGACCGGGACUUCUUACUGGUGAUCAUAUUAGAAUAUCAUGACGAGUCCCUCAUAUUGUUGAAGAGGUUGAUGUGCUGGACAUUGUACGAUGUUCUUUUAGGGGCAGCAAGUAGGAACAGUCGUGAUUACGGCUACAAGUACUACAAACCUACGCCAGAGGAGGAGGCGACUUACAGAAAAUACGCUGCGGCAGAAUACGCCAUGUACAAACGGUUUAACCAAUCGCUGUGGGAGAAAAUCUCACAACAGAGCCCGGACUUCUUUCAGGAGGUGGAGAAUUACAGAAAGGUCACCCAGCAAGUUCGUGAGUUUUGCAAAAAGGGGAAAGAUAAGGUACUGGUCGUUGCAGACACCCCGUGGAACAGGGAGUACAAGCUACCACGUAGUUUUUGUACAGACCUGAAGACAAAUGACCCAAAAUGGAGGAGUAAGUCAUGGCAGCAGCUGGGAUACCCCCCGCGAGGAUCAACAGGCGAACUGUUCAACGCCAGACUCCAUCUCAGCAAGUUUCUUAAGGCAGCGAGAGACGACUCGAAAGAGAAGAAACCACGAUGACUUAUUCCCGAUUACUGAUUGAUUAGUCUCGAGAAACAAUUAAUUGAAAAUACAAUCAUUCUCCUAAAACUUGUUUGCGCAAGUUUCUUAAGGCAACGAGAGAUGACUCGAAAGAGAAGAAAUCACGAUGACUUACUCCCGAUUACUGAUUCAAGAGUCUCAAGAAACAAUAAAUAGAAAAUACA